AAUGCCCUCGUAUUUUAUCGCAAAUUAUUAAAAUCAAGUUUAUACAUUUGCUAUUACUUGCACACAACAUAGUAGUAUAGUUUUUGGAUUACUCAACUACUUGUAAUUUCAUCAAAAUGAGUAUGAGACCGGAUGAUCAUCGCAGAAAAUGGGACAAAGACGAGUUCGAAAGAAUUGCUGCAGAAAGGCUAAAAGCAGAAUUAGAAGAAGAAGAACGAUCUAAAAAGAAAGCACCACCUGUAAAACGAGAGCUUCUAAAACAGCGAGACUACAAAGUAGAUCUAGACUCAAAGCUAGGCAAGAGUGUGGUGAUAACCAAAAACACACCAACGUCACAAUCAGGAGGAUACUACUGUAAUGUCUGUGACUGUGUCGUCAAGGACUCCAUUAACUUUUUGGAUCACAUCAAUGGCAAAAAACAUCAGCGGAAUCUUGGCAUGUCCAUGAAAAUUGAGAGGAGUUCAUUAGAUCAGGUUAAAGCCAGAUUUGCAAUGAACAAAAGAAAGCUUGAAGAGAAAAAGAAAGAAUAUGAACUAGACACAAGGCUCAGAGAAGCAGCCGAAGAAGAGGCAAGAGUUAAGGAGCUACGUAGGGAAAGACGCCGUGACAAGAAGCGCAAGCUGCAAGACACCGACGAACCAGAAGACGCUCCAGCCUCAUCGGAACUGGCACAAAUCAUGGGCUUCUCCGGCUUUGGGGCAUCAAAGAAAUGAGUUCUAUUUUCCCUAGAUAAUUUAUGUACCGUAAUUAAUUAAUAAUAAAUAAAAACUAUAGUAUCAAA